AAGCAGUAGAGCUGAGCUGAGACAAAGUUUAAAUUCAUUUAUUCCAAAAAGAAAAUAACAGCAGCAGCAGCUCCGAGGCCAAACAGGUUUUUUCAAUGUAUCACCAACUGAGCAUGUGCUAAUCUUCUCAGCCUCAACCAAAGGAUAGUGAACAACACUGUGUGUGGCUGACCACGUCCAGAAUCCUGCACCUGCACCAGCUGCUCACAUGGCCCACCCUUACGAGCCCUGGUUACGGACAGCACCACCUAGUGGCAGCUCAGAAGACAUGAACAUCCCCUCCUGGUGGGACCUCCACAGAGAUGUCCAGCCGGGGAGCUGGAUAGACCUGCAGACGGGUCAGGGUGUAGGCUUGCCUUCAGUGAGUCCAGGGAGCUCCAUGGGGUUGCAGCCCUCUUUAGGGCCUUACGGCUCUGACCCACAGCUGUGCGCCCUGCCUCCAGCUCAACAUGCUCCAGCUUCACAUUCAUCUCACCUGUUCCCCCAGGAUGGCUUCAAGAUGGAGCCACUGGCCCCUGAAAUGUUGCAGCAAGAACCGUUCUCCCUGGAGGAACCACAGGAGACCUCUGUCUCAGCCCGGCCCAAGCCCCAGCGCCGCUCCUCUUCUAGAGGUGCCGGCCAGGCCGUGUGUCGCUGCCCUAACUGCGUCCACGCUGAACAGCUGGGCCAGAGCACUGACGACAGCAGGAGGAAGCACAUGCACAACUGCCACAUCCCCGGCUGCGGCAAAGCCUAUGCUAAAACCUCCCAUUUGAAGGCGCACCUACGAUGGCACAGCGGGGACCGGCCGUUUGUCUGCAACUGGCUCUUCUGUGGCAAGAGAUUCACGCGCUCUGAUGAACUGCAACGCCACCUGCAGACGCACACCGGGGCCAAGAAGUUCAGCUGCGCACUAUGCCCCAGAGUCUUUAUGCGGAACGACCACCUGGCCAAGCACAUGCGCACACACGAGUCCCCGCCAGGACAUGCCGAGGAGAGGGUCAACGGAGACGGCAGGAUGGACAAGGGCUUCGAUGCAACCACACCUCCUCAGUCGUCCUCAAACGUGUCUGCGUCUGACAGCGCAGAGCCACCGCUGAAGCUGAAAUGUGAGACAGACCCCUCAGUCUCCAGUGUGACGGGGCAGUCCAGCUAAUUUCAUCAUUCACCAAAGGUUUACCAUCUGUUCCCCUCUUCGUCCCAGAGGUGUCACAGUUUUAUGAUAGGAUAGAGAAAAGAAGAAAAGUUUGGACAAACUUUUCCUGAUGAAAGCUGGAUGGAAGUACAUGUCUGCGGUCCUGUGAAUUUAUCAACUGGGUUAAUUAACCCAGUGAUAAACUAAAUGUUACAACACAGAAAAAAAAAACAUGAAUUUUACUGAUUCUGUGGAUAAAACUUUAUUCUGUGUUUACUAAAGGUGAAAGGUGGCUUAGGAGGCAGCCGGCUGAAGCUGCAGCUUGUUGCCAGACUUCCAUUGCUGCUAGAGCUCAAGUUCAACUGAAGGUGGCUUGUUAACUUUGUUUACAAUGACAUCAAUCAAAUGUGUUUAUAAAAG